UCUGCAAACUUCAGAGGGGAUGGGAAAUAAAAUCUCUCCAGUGAGUCCUGGGUCUACCCUGAGGUCUCCUCCCAGCUGGACGUACAGGAAAACCUCCAAAGGAAGGAGCCCAGGAGGAUCCUGAUCACAGUGAAUAAUGAGGAUCAGUGGAAAGGGGAAAUAACAACAGUGAUUCGUCAUCUGUCCGUCCAUCUGUUCAUUCGUUCGUCUGUCUGUAGGAAACACAACAACAUGCUCUCGCUGCUUCUUCAUACCUUCACCUCCGUCUCCCUCCUCACAGUGUCUGCCCUUUUGUCUGCGGUCACCACGGAGACGGUGGUGGGCGUGGCCGGGCGGAGGGUGACGCUGCCGUGUCGUACAGAGGCGGCGAACCAGAGAGGGGUGGAGGUGUGCUGGGGGAGGGGGGAGCCAUCACUGUUCACCUGCCACAACACCGUGAUCAACGUCAAUGGAGACCACAUCUCAUACAGGAAGUCAUACAGGUACUCCGUCUCCUCCUCCUCCUCUCUGAUCAUCUCCAUGUCUCGUCCGUCAGACUCUGGUUUCUAUCACUGCAGAGUUCAGCUGCCCGGCCUCUUCAACGACCAGACGUCCACCGUCCACCUCAUCAUCAUCCCUCGCUCUGUGGUCUCUGAUGACGGGGACGCCGAGAACCUGAACGCACCACCCGCUACAACGAGUCCCACCACAAGAGACGGGACAGAGGAGACAGGAAGUGAUGUCACCGACUCCACAGAGCCAAUGGUGGCGCUGGUUCAGUUGCCUGUCCAGCAGCAGCAGGUAAACAGUCUGCAGACGUUUGUUGGAAACACAGUGAGACUGUCCUUCAUCAUCUUCAUCCCUGCUCUGCUGCUGACUGCUGCUUACAGAGUGUGGAGGACCAAUCAGAAACCAGAGACUGACAGGAGGCUGAACCAAUCAGAGGAGGAGGAGGAGGUCACCUGUGUGUGAUAAAGCUGUCAUUUCAUCCCAUCACCUCCAGUCUUCAUGUCCAGUCCACUCCUCAUCACCUUCAUCACAUCACUCUGUCUUUGUUGCUCUCGUGUUGUAAAGUUGUUAAAUCUUUCUUUUUGUAAAGUUAAUAAAUUCAUUUAAAACAA